UCCACGGGAGCAAAACAAAAUAAACACCAGCGAUCAAGCUUUCAGCGGUUGGAGCGCUGUGGGCGUGACGGAAUCACUCUGAGGUGAUUUUCUAGGCACAUUGAAGCAAAUGCUGGGGAAUCCACAGGAGUUGAAAGAAGGCCGUGUUAGAUAGAUUGAUAGAGUGUGAUUGAAGGCAGGAGCACGGCAAGGUUGGCUUCCAGGUGCUGUACAUCAGCAGCACAGAUGGGAUUGUUCGUGGGCGUGGACGUGGGCACGGGCAGCGUGCGGGCGGCGCUGUUUGCCAGUGAUGGCCAGCUGCUGGCCACGGCCACCGAGGCCAUCACGCUGUGGAACCCCCAGCCCGACCUGUACCAGCAGGACUCAGAGGCCAUCUGGCACAGCUGCUGCCAAUGUGUGCAGAGGGUGCUGUCGAGCAGCGGGGUCGACCCGGCGGCCGUGGCCGGGAUCGGGUUUGACGCCACGUGCUCGCUGGUCGUGCUGGACGCAGCACUCAGCCCGCUCUCAGUCAGUCCCACCGGUGAGCCGAACCAGAACGUGAUCGUGUGGAUGGACCACCGGGCCGUCAAGGAGGCGGAGCACAUCAACCGGCUAGGACACGCCGUGUUAGACGGCGUCGGCGGCACCAUUUCGCCCGAGAUGCAGACGCCGAAGCUACUCUGGCUAAAGAAGCACAUGCCGGACACGUGCUGGAAGAAGGCCGGUAUGUUCAUGGACCUGCCAGACUUCCUGACGUGGAAGGCGACGGGCUCCACGACCAGGUCACUCUGCACGUUGGUAUGUAAGUGGACGUAUCAAGCGGACGGUGUGGAGGCCGGAUGGAGCAAGUCCUACUUUGAGCAGAUCGGUCUCGGUGACCUGGCGGAGGAGGGGUGGAAGCGGAUAGGGACGGAGGUGGCGGCACCCGGCUCGCCGCUGGGCAGUGGCGUCAGCGCUGAGGCGGCCGCCCAGCUGGGCGUGCCGGCCGGUACGCCGGUCGCAGCGGCGCUCAUUGACGCGCACGCCGGCGGACUGGGUCUGGUGGCCUGCCAAGACCACGUCACAGACCCUUGCAACAGGCUAGGCAUCAUCUGCGGCACGUCCUCCUGCUUCAUGGCGGUCAGUCGGCAGCCUUGUCACGUGCCUGGUGUGUGGGGCCCCUACUGGAGUGCCAUGCUGCCGGACCUCUGGCUCAGCGAGGGAGGCCAGAGCGCCUCCGGCAAACUGCUCGAGGCGCUGCUAGAGGCGCACCCGGCCGGCCGUGCUGCGCGCCCCUCCGACAGGUGCAUUCAGGACGAGCUGGAGGAGACCCUGGUGAAAAUGGCGGCGGAGGAGGGCGCGAAUGACGUGGCCCUGCUGGCGAGUGACCUACACGUGUACCCGGACUACCAUGGCAACCGGUCCCCGUACGCCGACCCGACGCUGAGGGGCAUGGUGAGCGGCGUGACGCUGGACGCCGGCCUGAGCAGCCUGGCGCGACACUACCUGGCCACCAUCCAGGCCAUCUGUUACGGCUCGCGCUGUAUCGUGGAGGCGCUGACGUCUGGUGGUCACCGGAUCUCGUCGGUGUUCGUGUGCGGCGGCAUCACGAAGUCGGCGCUCUUCGUACAGACGCUGGCCGAUGUGCUCGGCGUGCCGGUAAUCUGUCCGGACCAGCCGGAGGCGGUGCUGCUGGGCGCGGCCAUGCUGGGCGCCGUCGCCUCCGGGCUGACCCUGGACGAAGUCAGGGCGCAAAUGGGCGGCCCGGGCCGGCGCGUGGCGGCGCGACCUCAGCUCGCCAGAUUCCAUGAAGGCAAGUACAAAGUGAUGCAGAUGAUGCGCCAACAUCAACUGUCCUACAGGAGUAUGAUGGAAGACGCCGUUGCUGUCACUGCUGAUUAAGUUGACGCCAUGCUGCGACGUCAACAGGGAUAUGCGAUAUCAUGGUAGCCUGGGUCUAGACUAUUCAACUGGAUAACGUGUUAAAGGAUGCGGGCUCCUCAUUUUUGUACGGUUGUUUACUCAGUGCAGUAAUAUUUUAUACAUGUGCGUAUGGUUGCUUCCGAAGCCGUACAAUGGCCAAUCUCUUGGAAUGCGUUCUGAGUUUGACUGGAGUAUUGCCCACCGCUGCACCAGGCGGUGUGGGAGACGGGGGGAGAUGUGACUGCGGUGUGGUGUGGCCUGGGUUUGUACUAACAAUAUCAAAGCGGGUAAUAUACUGCGGAUCA